GUCCUGCCGCUGCUGAUGGAGAAGCGGUGCUAGUUAGCGAGUUUGGCUUAGCGGCGCUGAGGACAUAUUUCCAUUUAGGCUAAUACAGAUAAAUAUUCUUAUGUUCCGGGUGGAGUUUCUCUUCGUUUAAUCAGAAAUGUUCUCUCUGUCGUCCACAGUACAACCGCAGGUAACAGUUCCACUGAGUCACCUCAUCAAUGCCCUGCACUCUUUGAAGGGUUCGGUGAGCUGCAGCAGCUCAGUGAAGCCUCAGCACAGAGAAAAUGCUCAAGAACAAGACCCACACAUCACAGAGCCCUCAUGGAACCUCAGGGACCUUGGAUUGACAGAUCUGGGUGUAGGUCAGCUGGAUGAGCUUGUGGACAGACUGUUGCCGUAUGUGACGCAGGUGUCGUCACCACCCUCUAGAGCAGAAUCAAACCCCUGGAAGGCCUCCUACCUUUCCACGGACUCCUUCUUUCACAAUAAAUAUGGUUUCUCAGUUGCUAAGAUGGGCGGUAUUUCACCUGUUUUUUGCAAAAAGAGCCCUUCCCCUCUUCAGACAGUGUGUACAGAUUUGAAGUUCUGGCCAGUAUGGGUCCAAAAUCGAGGAUUUAAAACCUUGAAGUCCAAAACAAGGCGCCUCCAGGGUGGUUUUGACCGCCCAGUGGACACUGAUGCAUUCACUCCAUCUUUUAUGAAGGGACUUCUUACACGGGACAAAGGGCAAGAUGUGGAGACCUUAGACAAGCUUUUGAAAGUCAAAAACAUUCCUGACGCCCAUCACGAUGCUUUCAAGACUGGUUUUGCCGAGGGCUUCUUGAAAGCUCAGGCUCUUAGUCAGAGAACACAAGAAUCAUUGAGGAGGACACGGCUGAUCUUGUUGGUCCUGUUGCUGGUGGGAUUGUAUGGAUUGUCCAAAACACCAUUUCUAUCGGUGCGGUUCCGAACCACAUCAGGCCUGGAUUCGGCAGUGGACCCUGUCCAAAUGAAAAAUGUCACUUUCGAGCAUGUCAAAGGUGUGGAGGAGGCCAAGAACGAGCUGCAGGAAGUAGUGGCGUUCCUCAGGAACCCACAGAAGUUCACCGCCCUGGGAGGCAAGCUGCCCAAAGGAAUCUUGCUGGUGGGACCUCCAGGAACAGGGAAAACUCUGCUGGCUCGGGCUGUGGCAGGGGAGGCCGAUGUGCCUUUCUACUAUGCCUCUGGAUCAGAGUUUGAUGAGAUGUUUGUUGGGGUUGGUGCUAGCCGGAUCAGGAAUCUUUUUCGUGAGGCUAAAGCAAAUGCCCCCUGUGUGAUUUUCAUUGAUGAGCUGGACAGCGUGGGAGGGAAGAGGAUUGAGUCACCGAUGCACCCUUAUUCUAGACAGACCAUUAACCAACUUCUGGCUGAGAUGGAUGGGUUUAAACCAAACGAAGGUGUCAUCAUUAUUGGUGCUACAAACUUCCCUGAAGCUUUGGAUAAUGCUCUGAUCCGCCCGGGGCGGUUUGAUAUGCAAGUCACUGUACCCAAACCAGACGUGAAGGGACGUACAGAGAUCCUCAAAUGGUACCUCAAAAAAAUCAAAGUAGACCCAGCGGUGGAGGCUGAGAUCAUUGCCAGAGGAACAGUGGGGUUCUCUGGAGCUGACCUGGAGAACCUGGUAAACCAGGCUGCCCUGAAAGCUGCUGUGGAUGGCAAGGACAUGGUGACGAUGAAGGAGCUAGAGUUUGCCAAGGACAAGAUCCUAAUGGGCCCGGAGCGCCGGAGUGCUGAGAUAGAUAAAAAGAACAAAGUGAUCACAGCCUACCACGAAUCAGGCCAUGCUAUCAUUGCAUACUACACCAAAGAUGCCAUGCCCAUCAACAAGGCAACCAUUAUGCCAAGAGGACCCACUCUGGGUCAUGUCUCUAUGCUGCCAGAGAAUGACCGCUGGAGUGAAACCAGAGCUCAGUUACUGGCACAGAUGGACGUCAGCAUGGGUGGCCGAGUGGCAGAGGAGCUCAUCUUUGGAAAUGAGUACAUUACCACAGGUGCAUCAAGUGAUUUUGACAGCGCUACUAAAAUAGCCGAAUUGAUGGUGACAAGGUUCGGCAUGAGUGACAAGCUGGGUGUCAUGACUUACACUGAUGUUGCCAAGCGGAGCCCAGAAACACAGGCAGCUAUUGAACAGGAAGUCAGGUCGCUUUUGAGGGAUUCAUACGAGCGGGCUAAAACGCUCCUGAAGUCUCGUGCAAAAGAGCACAAAAACUUGGCGGAAGCUUUGCUGAGAUACGAGACGCUGGACGCCAAAGAGAUCCAGAUGGUCUUGGAGGGGAAAACGUUAGAAAUCAGAUGAGAGACUUGCAUAGUAUGAAAACUCACAAAUGUACAUAUGCAGUAGACGAUCUAAGCUUUACCCAGAGAAAGUAUUUACACAAGCCUCAUCAUAUAUUUUCUGAGCCAGCUUUCAAGAGGUUUAUGCUGUCUGUAUAGCUGAAUGAUAAGCACUAUACAUUGUUUGUGACUAUUCCCUGUCAUAUUUGCUCUCCGUAUAAUGCGUUUGGACUGUUUUUGAACAGCUCUUAUUUCUUUGCUACACUGAUAUUGUCUGCAACCGCUAGUGGCCACAAGUAGAGGGAGUCCAUGUGCAGAGAAAACAUGUCAUUAUGCACAAAUCUGAACUCCAGUUUAGCCACAGUCUGAGUUUUGUUGAGUAGGUCUCACGGUGGCCUUCAGAAAAUUGUAAGGGAAUGUACAGAAUGUCACUGUGGGACUAAAGAAUGUCUCAAGGCACUUUGGUAAGUGGAAUACUUACAGUUUUGUAUGUUAAGGACAUGUACUGUUUUAGUUUACCUGCUUGUGAAUAGUCCUGCUUCAAAGGUUUUUGAGUCACUUUGUAAUUCUUCAGUCUGGACACUUAACUGUCGUGUUGCUUCUUCAGAAUUCCACCGUCUUUUCAUUGGCAGGUUCACCAAAGAUAAGUUUCAUUACCUGCAAACUAAAAAAAUACAUUACUGUGUCAAAGACACCUCCCUUAGUUUACUUCAUUUCCAGUCAAAACAGCCAUUAAGUAGAAGUUACUCUUUUUUUUUUUUUUUUUUCAGGAGAUAUUUCCAAUGAGAUAUAAAAUAAUCUACUUGCAUAAAUGAGAGCCAAAGCAAAAUAAGUGGGGGAAAAAAAACUUGAAUUAAAAAAAAUGUUAAAAGCUAUGGAGAAAGUGUCUCGACUAGCAACUGU